AAACGUACAAUAAUUAUUUCUGCAAACAGCCGACAGCAAAGCAACACCGUCUUUAUGAAAAAAAACGCCUGCAAUUGCGUUUUGCAUUGUUUAUAAAUAAUUUGCUGGCAUUUUUAGUACUCCAACAACCAAAACAGAAAGCGCCGAAGUAAUAAUGAAAGUGAUUUGCUAAAUUAACUCGGGAAAAGUGAAACACAUACACAUACAAAUAUGCAUAUGUGAAAUUAAAAAGCUUGCAUAAAUAAAAAAAAGCGGUAAUGCGCGAUAAAACUUAAAAUAUGAGUUAAACUUAACGAAAGCAAAGUUAGUCAAGUUUCCAGCAGUUUAACAUGUUAUUUAACGGUUCACAAGUGGCGGAAAGCAAAAACUCUCACACACCUGUCCGCAUCGUAUCAAUCAUAAAAGGAGAUAUAUCUAAAUAAAACGCAAAAGCAAGUGAACGCUAGGUGGGAGUAUUGGCAAACAAUCGCUCCGGCAACCAGCAACAACAAAACCAAAACACACGCAGUGAAAAUGAUAGUGAAAAUGGAUCCAGACGAAUUGAUUACACUGCGGGUGCAGUAUCUGGUCGAUACUGAUCCGCUUAAUUGUACAGCCAUGUAUCCGAUACCGACGCGUGCACCAACUUAUGGCUUUGCCGCCACCAUGCCACUGGCCACACAGUUGGGCACCAUACUACGUCUGCUUAGCGCGCCACAUCGGAUCGACGACGCAGCCAUACAGGUGUACAAAGAUGGUGACUAUGGCGCCUAUUUGGAUUUGGAGUCCUCGCUUGCCGAACAAGCGGAAGAAAUUGAAGGCCUUAAUUCUAG